UCCCGGCGAAAGGAGCCUCAUUUGGGGGGGGACGAGUGAGAGAGUUAUUUAAAGAUGGCGGCGGUGGCGGCAACGGUCAGCCGAAGGCGACUUUUGUGAGGCGGAGGUGACUUAAAAAAAAGAGGGGAAAGGAAAAGAGAAGGUUCCCCGGGACGGCGAAAAAGAGGCGAAGGGAGGAAGAAAAAGACGACGACGGUGGUGGCGGCGGCGACUCUGCUGCUGAGCCUUCCUUCCUCCCACAGGCCCGGUUUCUUCCCCCCCACUUUGGUGAGGGAGGAGGCGACCAAAAGUGAGCCCUAGAGAAAGAGAAAGCGCGGCAGGGACACGCCGGGCAUGGCCCAGAUUGAAAGAAGAAAAGGACACCUACGUGCGGCCAGUGAAGAUGCUCUUUACCUCGACAUCAGCUAUUUAAGCUGAAUGCAUUGUGAUUUCCAGUAAUUGAGACAGUGGUUCUGAAAGCUGUCUACAUUAAUGAAAAGAACAAUGUAGUCAGCUUAAUUGUAUCAUCAAGUUUUGCAAAUUGAAUAGAGCAUGACAGAUCCUCUCUUGACGGACUUCUGCAUGUUAGGAGUAUAGAUUUAUUUACUUUUUUUUUAAUUUAAAGCCUUGUUGUUUGUAAGUUUUUAAGUAUGGAAAAUUACGAAAGUGCACCUCCCCUUCCAAAAGAGCCAGCAACAGAAGUGAAUGUGGAGAACCAUUCUUGUCCCCCACCAUUGCCGCCUAAUGAACAGCCUCCACCACCUCCCCUGCAAACGUCCAGUGACGCAGAGGUAAUGGACGUUGGCUCUGGUGGUGAUGGACAGUCAGAUACCCCUGCUGGGGACACACAGACUGUCGGCAGGACACAGCUUCUCACAAAAGGAUCUUCAUGCUACAAAAGUCGUCUUAUCAUAGAUCCUAAUAGUGACCAAAGCCCAAGGACUGCUCGUCAUGCGCCUUCAGUUAGAAAGUUCACCCCUGAUCUUAAGUUGCUUAAAGAUGUAAAGAUAAGUGUUAGCUUUACAGAGAGCUGCAGAAGUAAAGACAGAAAAGUUCUGUACACUGGAGCAGAGCAAGUCUAUGAGACAGAUUCAGAUUUAGGUAUUAAUAAUGUCAAUGGGGAUGUGCAUGCUUGUCCUCUUGCUGGGGGUAGUAAUGGUCAAGCUGCAUGUGUAGGUGGUGAAAACGAUGACAAAAAGGAGGAUGAAAAUGAUGUAGAUCAGGAAAAGCGAGUGGAGUAUGCAGUUCUGGAUGAUUUAGAAGAUUUUACUGACAAUUUGAUGGAAAUAGAUGAAGAAGGAGGGUUUACAUCUAAAGCAAUCGUUCAGAGAGACAAAGUGGAUGAAGAAACAUUGAACUAUUCUUAUGAGGAUGAAUUUGAUAAUGAUGUGGAUGCUCUGCUGGAAGAAGGCCUCUGUGUUCCUAAAAAAAGGAGAAUUGAUGAGAAAUACGGAGGGGAGAGUGACCACCAGUCUGAUGGAGAAACUACUGUGCAACCAAUGAUGACCAAAAUCAAAACUGUUCUUAAAAGUCGUGGCCGGCCUCCUACAGAGCCUUUGCCUGAUGGAUGGAUCAUGACAUUCCAUAAUUCAGGCAUUCCUGUAUAUCUGCACAGAGAAUCCAGAGUUGUUACCUGGUCCAGACCUUAUUUCUUGGGAACAGGAAGCAUAAGGAAACAUGAUCCUCCUUUGAGUAGCAUUCCUUGUUUGCAUUAUAAGAAAAUGAAGGAAAAUGAGGAAAGGGAACAAAACAAUGACAUAACCCCAAAUGGUGAGGUGUCGCCUGUAAAACUCUUAGAUAAGUCUGUAGAAUUGGACUGCCAAACAGAGGAGCCGGACUCCACUGCUGCCGAUUCUGGGACUUUAGAAGAGAGAGACCCCUUGGGGGGAGAUGCAGCACAAGGAGCCUUAGGUCAAGUUAAGGCCAAAGUUGAGGUGUGCAAAGAUGAAUCUGUAGAUCUUGAAGAUUUUAGACAUUACCUUGAAAAACGUUUUGAUUUUGAACAAGUAACUGUAAAAAAGUUCAGAACCUGGGCUGAGAGACGGCAGUUCAACCGUGAGAUGAAGAGGAAGCAAGCAGAGUCUGAGCGCCCAAUUUUGCCAGCCAAUCAGAAACUUAUUACCUUGUCUGUACAAGAUGCACCCACAAAGAAAGAGUUUGUUAUUAAUCCCAAUGGGAAGUCUGAAGUUUGCAUUCUGCAUGAAUAUAUGCAACGAGUACUGAAGGUUCGACCUGUUUACAAUUUCUUUGAAUGUGAGAACCCAAGUGAGCCUUUUGGAGCCUCAGUUAUUAUUGAUGGAGUGACUUAUGGGGCAGGAACCGCCAGCAGCAAGAAACUUGCCAAAAAUAAAGCUGCCCGAGCAACACUGGAAAUCCUCAUCCCUGAUUUUGUUAAACAGACCUCUGAGGAAAAGCCCAAAGAUAGUGAGGAACUAGAGUAUUUUAACCAUAUCAGUAUUGAGGACUCACGGGUAUACGAACUGACCAGUAAGGCUGGACUCCUAUCUCCAUAUCAAAUUCUCCAUGAGUGCCUUAAAAGAAAUCAUGGCAUGGGUGACACGUCUAUAAAGUUUGAGGUGAUUCCUGGUAAAAAUCAGAAGAGCGAAUAUGUGAUGACAUGUGGAAAGCACACUGUGCGUGGUUGGUGUAAAAACAAGAGAGUCGGAAAACAGUUGGCUUCUCAGAAAAUACUUCAGUUGCUUCAUCCACAUGUGAAAAAUUGGGGCUCUUUGUUGCGCAUGUAUGGUAGAGAGAGCAGUAAGAUGGUUAAGCAGGAGACGUCGGAUAAAAGUGUGAUAGAGCUUCAGCAGUAUGCCAAAAAGAACAAGCCAAAUUUACACAUACUGAACAAGUUACAGGAAGAAAUGAAGAAACUAGCAAAAGAAAGGGAGGAAACAAGAAAGAAACCCAAGAUGACAAUUGUUGAAUCUGCUCAGCCUGGCAGUGAACCUCUGUGUACUGUUGAUGUGUGACCAGAAAGUGUAACAAUUGGGGAGCAAUAAAUCAAGUGAAGAAAACUAAUUUUUCCAACUAUUUAAUUAAGAAUUGGUUUGCUUCACAGUGCAAAAUAAUGUAACAAUCCAAGCAGCUUCAAAUGUGCAUUCUUCUUUUGCAUCAUCAGGAGGAUAGUAUUAGACUUGGUAUUUUUUAAACUUCCCAAGGCAUACAUUAUUGAAGAGAGCAAAAAUCUGGGAGGGCCAAUGUGUAGAAUGUGGGUAGCAGGCUUGUUCAUGCAGGAUAAGGUUAAGUAAGCAUUUCCCCAUGUAUCCAUGCUGUCUUGAAUUGCUGUUUGAAAAUAAAACUCAGAAUGUCUUUGUAAAGAGUGGAACGAAUGUAUAACAUAGGAAUACAGCUGUGCAGCCUCUUAUAUGAAUAUGCUGACAAUUUUUUUAAGGAGCUUUCUUGCAUUUCAGCACAGAAUAAUAUGCACUGAUCAGACACUUUUGACAGCUGUAUCAAAACAAGCAAUGCCGUGAAGGUUAGGCCAGUAGUUUUGAUUGUUCUUUUUUUAAAGGUUUAGGAACAUUUAAAAUUUGUCUCCACAGUAAGACUAUUCCAUGGCAGUGUUGAGCACCAAAGUGUCUGCCCUUUAAUAGUGUGUGUGUGUCAUUUUGAAAGCAGAUGAAGCCGUGAAGGUUAACAUUUAAGAGAAGGAGAAAAUUACGUUUUGAUUUGCCUGACACAAUGCACUUGGUUGUCUCUGGGUGUAGGGGGGGGGCGAGUGCGGCUGCCCUGCCAUCUCCAUCAUACGGGUGCCAAGAGGCACCAGAAUAAUCUGAGAAUUUGCAACAGCAGUGCGUUGUAACUUGCUUCUUCUGCCAUUAAAAAAACAACCGCUGUGUGGGCAGAUACAGAGGUUUCCCAUAGAAUCCUCUACAAUAUAAUUUUAUUUAACCCAGCUGGAUCUAAUUAAGAUUUUAUUGUGGGAAUGGUUCUAGAAAGUAUUUGGAGGCCUGGCUUGAUUCUUUGAGAUUAGGGAAAAAAUCACUGGAGUAAUUUUAAUUUGUCCUUAAAAAUUGUCACUGACUUCGUUUUACUACAUGUUUAGCAUUUGCAGAGUAGUUUCUGCUGUGGGAACUAUAAGAAUGUAAACUGGAGUACAUCAGGGAGGUCUUCUAUAAGACUUGAAUAAGUUGUAUUGAAAUGAAAUAAAGAACAUGGAUAUGCAA